ACACCACCAUGCACAAGCCAGAGAUGGAGAAUAAGAGGAUACAAUAUAGUAGAGACUUUCUUUUGAGCAUCCAGUUCAUGCCUGAUUGUAUGCAGAAGCCAGAGGGGCUUCCAUCCAUACCUGAUGUGGUGCUACACAAGUGUAACCAAAAUAAGUUGCCACCGGACCCACAGGGUCUCAGCUCCAGAGACUCAAAUAUCUCAAAUAUUCCAGCAGGAACUGGAAGCAGCUGUUUCAAUUUUUAGUUUUAUGAUGAUUGACUGUGAGAGG